AAGGCCAAGAGAUCAAGGUAAAAAGACAAACAAGAUGCUUUCAUUCACCACUAAGCACAAAGAUGUGACUGAGGAUGUUAUGGAAGUUGUCAAAGCAGGUGAUAUACACACCUACACUAAUUCCGACGGAGGAAUUGUCCAUCUUCCUGAGUCAGCUCCGUGCACUCCAGUCGCAAAGAAAGGUAAAGUUGAACCUACACUCUCCGAACUGCAAGAUAACAUCGUGAGGCUUGUAGCUGAAAAAAUAAAAGAAAACGCGGACAAUCUUGCAGGCCUGAUAAAGAAAAAUGCGGACACCAUCGAAACGUUAAAGGAAUCAUCGGAGUUUCUCUUCAAGGAAGUUCAAGAUAUGAAAACAGAAAUAAAAACGGUUAAAAUUGCAAGCGAUGACCAUCAGAAGAGAAUUACAGGCCUGGAAGACAGAGUGAAUGAAAUGGAACGCUAUCACAGAAGAUGGAACUUGAGGCUGUAUGGCUUGCCAGAGCAGGAAGGAGAAGACGUUAAACAGCGUGUGAUUGACAUCUGUAAGGCAGUCAUUCAAGACCCUGAAGAGGAUCUCCGCUCCCAAAUUGAUGUGAGCCAUAGGAUCGGGAGGAGAGAGGAUGGUAAAACUCGACCGGUGAUUACAAGAUUUGCAUUAAGAUCGGCCAAAGAAAAGGUUUGGAAAUGCGCGAAGAAUUCGGAAUUCCUCAAAAUAAAGAAGUUAAAAUUCGGUGAAGAUUUGACCACGAAAGACAAAGAGACUCGCACUAAACUGUGGCCACAGAUUGAAGAGGCGCGGAAGCAAGGGAGAAGAGCCUUCUUCGUCGGAGCCAGAGCCAUCAUUGAGGGCCAUUAAUGGUAGGACGACACCGGAGAACACCAAUGUUAACUUUUACUUGAGCAUUAAGGUGAUAUAUAUGGAUACACCGAGCUAGUCCAAAGUUGUUUUAGAUGAUCUGACUCUUCAUUUGGAUGCAGUAAAUGGACUGAGGAAAAAAAACUGCAUGGAAAAUCAGAGUAAUGACAAACAAUCAUCAGUUUCAAAUAUCAAACAGAUUAAAACAACACCAUAAAAUUCACUGUAAAUAAAAAACUAUACUGAAAUAAAAUGCUCUAUAAAAAUCUG